AUGGCUCCAUGCCCAAAACUUUUUUUCCAGGCGCGGGGAAGACUGUCUCAUCUGCAAACUAAGGCAAAGUUUGGUCCCUCCCCUUCGGGGAGAGCCCGGCAGUCGCUCUGCCGCCGAGCCCGACCUCCUCCGGCCGGAGCAGCCGCCUCCCACCCGGCUCCGGGGGGUCCGGGGGGGGACCCGGGGGGCCCCGCCUGCGCCUCCGGCCAGCGGGACGGGAGCGGAGGGCGGCCGGGACACCCCACGGCAGGUGUGUCGGUGAAGGCACCAAUGGACAUGGGGAGCAGCAGCACUGAGAAGUUUUAUAGGAUCCCCGAAGGAAAGGGACCGCACCCGGUUGGAUGUACAGACCUGAUGACAGAGAAUGCAGUUGAGGGAAGCUUCUUGCGGCUAUAUUAUCCAUCAUGCGAUGCCACAGAUAAUGAAGAGGCACCAUGGAUUCCAGAUAAAGAGUACUAUCAGGGACUCUCUGACUUCCUUAAUAUGUACCGAGUUGUAGGAGAAAGGCUUUUCCAGUACUAUGUUGGUUCAGUGACCUGUCCUGCAAAGUCAAAUGCUGCUUUUAAGCCAGGAGAAAAAUACCCACUCCUCGUUUUUUCCCAUGGACUUGGAGCUUUUCGGACGAUCUAUUCUGCUAUUUGCAUAGAGAUGGCUUCCCAGGGCUUUAUAGUGGCUGCUGUGGAGCACAGAGAUGAAUCUGCUUCAGCAACAUAUUACUGUAAAAAAAAGUCCGUUUCUGAACCACAGGAAGAGUCUACAUCAAACACAGAGAAGGAGUGGAUCUACUACAGGAAACUAAAAGCUGGAGAGGAAGAGCGUUGUUUGCGCCAUAAGCAGGUGCAGCAAAGAGCACAGGAGUGUAUCAAAGCUCUCGAUCUCAUUCUUAAAAUCAAUUCAGGAGAGAAAGUAAUGAAUGUACUAAAUUCAAACUUUGACUGGAAUAGCCUAAAGGAUUCUGUUGAUACUAGCAAAAUAGCUGUGAUGGGACACUCUUUUGGUGGUGCUACAGUUAUUGAAAGUCUAAGCAAAGAAAUAAGAUUCAGGUGUGGCAUUGCCCUCGAUGCAUGGAUGCUUCCAGUAGGUGAUGACAUUUACCAAAACAGUGUCCAGCAACCGCUGCUUUUUAUCAACUCCGAAAAAUUCCAGUGGGCUGAAAAUAUCUUAAAGAUGAAGAAGCUCGGCUCCAAUGACACAAACAAGAAAAUGAUCACUAUCAAGGGGUCAGUACAUCAGAGCUUUCCUGACUUUACCUUUGUGAGCGGAGAAAUCAUUGGAAGAUUUUUCAAAUUAAAAGGAGAAAUAGAUCCCAAUGAAGCUAUUGAUAUAAGCAAUCAUGCUUCAUUAGCCUUCCUGCAGAAACAUUUGAGUCUUAAGAAUGAUUUCGACAAGUGGGAUUCUCUUGUGGAUGGCAUAGGACCCAAUGUUAUUCCUGGUACCAAUAUUGACUUAUCUCCAGCUGAACCUGAAUAAGGAAUACAAAGAAGUACUGAAAAUGCCACAGACAUCAGGACACUAACAUUGGCCACAUACACAGCUUUUGGGAUGUGGAACAACGACAACAAAAAAAUAAAUAAGGCAUUAGGUUACAUUAUCAUGUAGAGAGAUUUUAGUUCAAAUGAGUUAGUGGGAUUCUCUCAAAUACUGCAACAGGGUAACUUCUGCUUUAUAGACAGCCAAUUAAUGGCAAUUUAAAUGCUUUCUGGUUUUGACUUAGAAUCAAGUCUGCAGAGAGAGAGAUUAAGCUCCAAGGAAUUCAACUAGAGUUCUGCUUACUAAGUUUUUAAGUCAGUUUGCAUCCAGCAAGCCUUUGUUGCAAUAUAAAAAAAACCCCAACUUUGUUAUUUAAUUACUUAAUAUUUCAGCUGUGUUCUGACAACAGUUGCAAGUUGGAGCAGGUUUUUCCUCCUUCUAGUCAGUGAGGUACAAGUGGAAGGUGGUCUUUAAAACUGUCUUAUUUUAAUAAGAGUCACAGUAAAAGGUACAGGAAGUAGUUUAAGAUAAUAGCAGAGAAAGGUGUUUGUUCAGACACAGGACUUCUCAUAUGACCUUAAUCCACUUACAUUUAAGAUGUGUUUACUGCCAUACUUGGAGGAGGUUUCCAUUCCAAAAGCUGCUGAAAUGGUCACUCUUGUUGUAGCAACUGUGAUUUCUCUUAGGCAAAGCUCCCAGCAGUGCCUAUCCUGUUAAUCUCUGUAUUACCACUAUCUAUCAGUCAUACUGUUGUAGGUGAAAUUACAGAAGAGAUGUGUCACUUCUACCACUCCCUUUAAAAAGGGGUAUGUAAGCAUUGCUUGAUCAUCUUGAUGUCUCUUAUGGUUAUAAUACUCUCUAGACACUCAUCUUUUUCCAGGUACUAGCAUUGCUGUCUGUAUCUGUCAGUAGAAACAGUUGACUAUGUGGUGGGCUAAAGAAGCCUCUGAUUUUUAGAGCAGAACUCUUUGAAGCUGCCACAUGGAAGGGUGACUUCUAAAUGAAUAAGCCUUGCAAAAGGGGGACUACUUCUUACUGUAGCUUAUUUGUUUCAAAAUCAGGUUACAAAAAAAAAAAACUGAAGUGGAACAAGGAAAGCAGUUAACAGUGUAAUAAAUAUUUAUAUAAUCUGUGAUCUUAACAUGAGAUUGCAACAACAUCUAAGACCUGUUUUCAGAAUUUAAUUAAAUUCUCUCCAGCCUA